UUCUUUGUUGUUAAAUAUAGGAUUCGUCAUUCACGACAGGAAAGUUUCUGAGCGGCGGUACAAUUGUCAAAGGUCCAGAUGCUUUGUCAGUUUGUGGCACAUUGAAUGAAGCCAUGGCUAACAGUCAGAAUGGAUGGCAUACUUUACACUGCUUCACAAGGGAAAACAUUGCUGUACAGGAAGGUAGCACAUGGUACGACAAAUAUAGAACUUUGGUAAAGAAUCAAAAGGUCUGUACGUCUAACAGAAGAGAUAGAGUGGCAAUCCAUGAGUACAGGGGAGAUGGUGUUAGCAUACAAAUUGCCCACGGUCUUCUACGCUUUCUUGGGGCAAAGAGAGAUAAAGAUAAUUCAUGCAGCAGGAAUGGUUGGUACUUGAUGAAGAUACCACAAUCAGAAAAGACCCAUAAUCCGGGAUUCUGGGGACAAAGUUGGUACUUGUCUGACUGUACAGUAAAGGACAUGUGUAACUACGUAAAUGGUCUAAGCCCUAAUUGUAUGAGGGUGAGAGGUAAUCUAGUUAAUGAGACAAUCUGGCAUGCAUGGGAAGAGACACCAUUACCAGGUGAUAUACUCUCUAUAGACGAGCAGUGCAAAGUUAGGUGGGGUAAUAGUUCAGUACAGUGUGAUCCGACUGGACAGGGAAAUUUUUACCCAGAGGACAUGUGUGGUGAUCAUCACAUUUACUGUACAAGUGAUCAAUACACAGGAUGUGUUUGCCGAAUAAGAGUAGCUUCCGGAACACCGUGCGGGCAUGCCAGGGUUUGCAGAAAGGGCCAAUGCGUAUUUAAUACAGAUGUUCCACUUGGUGAAAAUUGUGAAUGUCACUCACAGUGUAUUAGUAAUGCAGUAUGUGACCCGGAUACACUUGUCUGUGUUUGUAAUGAAUGUUACUACAACAACAGUGGCAAUUGUACUGAAAAAAUCCCAAAUGGUGGGGAAUGUAGUGAAGAUGUUGAGUGUAAAGAUCCGAACGCAUUAUGUAUAAACGGAACAUGCCAGUGUAAACCAUGCUAUUAUAACAACAAUGGCGUAUGUGUAAAACAAAGCAAUAUAGGCGAACAGUGCAAUUCAACAGCCCAAUGUAAAGGUGACCGAACUGCUUGUGACACAGAAAGCAAUGUUUGCGUUUGUGAGACAGGCUACUUUAUUGACGAUGAAGCAAAUUGCGUUCCAGUGAACGGAACAAUCUGUGACCGGUGCAUUCAGCAACCAGAUUCAUGUACACAAGAUGGAACAACCUGUUCUGAUAGAGGAUUUUGUGAAUGUUCUAACAACACAGUGGAAUUCAAUGGAGAAUGCUAUGGUACAAGAGUGGGUGAGAGUUGUACAACAGAGGUAGAUACAUGUACAGAUUACUACGCAGAAUGUAACGGAACUGUAUGCGACUGCGUUGAAGGCUUCAGCUGGAAUGGAACGAUUUGUGUUGGACGCACACUGUGUGACCCAUGUGACACGUCCCCAUCAUCAUGUGAUGACGAACUUGUAUGCAGCCCUGAAACGUAUCGCUGUGAAUGUCCUAGUGGCCAUGUUCAAGUGGGCGAUACCUGCUAUGGCAGAUUUGUUACUGAACCUUGUACAAUAUCCCUCGAUACCUGUGUCGAUGACAACGCUGAAUGUAACGGCACUGUGUGUGUCUGUAUUGCUAACUUUGUUUGGAACGGAUCAAUUUGCGUUGGAGACAGUCUGUGUGAUCCCUGUGACCCUGCCAUUACUACAUGUGACUCUUCGCUAGUAUGUAGUUCAGAUACUUACAGAUGUGAAUGUCCCCCAGGAUUUGUACAAAUUGGAGAUGCCUGCUAUGGAACACGUGUUGGCCAGGAAUGUACAAAUACUGUCAACACGUGUAUUGACGAUUAUGCGGAAUGUAAUGGCACUGUAUGUACAUGUAUUAAUGGUUAUAAUUGGAAUGGUUCAAUAUGUGGAGGGCCUAAUUUGUGUGACCAGUGCGAUCCGAAUACACCAUCGUGUGGCGCAAAUCUUGUUUGUAGCGAUACCACUUACAGAUGUGAAUGUCCUGCAGAUGAAGUGCAGAUUGCAGAUAUGUGUUACGGGACUCAUGUUGGCGAUUCAUGCACGACAAGUUUGAACACGUGUAUAGAUGAUAAUGCUGGAUGUAAUGGGACAAUAUGUGACUGUUUACCUGGGUUUACUUUCAACGGAACUAUUUGCAGUGGGCCAGAUUUAUGUGACCCCUGUGACCCCAGCAGCAACGCAUGUUCAGGGUCAUUGGUAUGUAGUUCCACCACAUUCAGGUGUGAAUGUCCUUCCGGGGAGGUUCAGAUUGGAAAUAAUUGUUAUGGAACCAAUAUUGGCGACUCUUGUACGAGUUCACUGUCAACGUGUAUAGAUGAUAAUGCUGAAUGUAACGGUACAGUUUGUACAUGUAUAGAGAACUAUGUCUGGAAUGGUACAUUCUGCC